AGUUUUACUGGGGAAACAUAGGUGGUUAAAAGCAGCAUUUGCACAUGCUGCAAAUAGUUAACUGAGAUUCUUCCGGUGCCUUUAAAUUAAUCCGCAAAUGAUCCUCUUGCUCAGAUUUGAACAUUCCUUUCUCAAAUUUUACUGUUUAAAGCAACUGCCGAAACGCUCGCUGCCGCGUUAUGCCACGAGCUCUCUCAAUUUCAAGUUUUUACCCAUGAGCUCUCUCAAUUUCAAGUUUACCAUCGGUUUCCUUCCCAGAAGGAGGAGUUCUCCCUGCUUCCGAUGACAUGGUCUCCACAGCAACAUUCCUCCCGCCACUGGCCUGCAGAGAGCUUUGCUGAUGCCUCAGCACCACAGCAGUUAAACUCCGUCCGCACCGAAGAGCUGCAAUGCCGGCAGACUUGAACGGGACGUUGGAUGAGCAGAGUAAAACCCACGUCCUCUAAGAGCGUUUUGGGCUAAAAAUGGACAACUCCUUUGUGGAAGAAGUGGCUGCAUCAUUGGUGAGGGAAUUUCUCAGUAGAAAGGGUUUGAAGAAAACCAUUACCACCAUGGAUCGGGAGCUUCCACGUUCUGCACUUAGCAUCAAUAAUAGGAAUGAACUUCGAGAAGUCCUACAUCUGCACUCCUUGUACAAACAGAACAAGGCAAAAGAGAACCCACUGAAAACACUUCUUGAAAUUAUUACUAAUUACUUCCUUGAGCACCGUGGCACUUCCAGAAGCAUCAGUUCAAAUGCUGCUCUGUCAGCUCCUCAAAGUAAGAAUUUAGCAUCUCAUCCACCCAACUCCUCGGAGGAAGAUCAUGUGUGUGGGAGUGCCAUUACACUUAAUGAAAGUGAAACUCAAGCCUACAGAUGUGGUGCUGAGAAUCCACUAGAUAAACUCCUUCCAUCCAGAAAACACCAGCACAGAAGUGAAAAAUGCCAUACAGGAACAAUACACAACAGCCACUUGACUUAUGAUGGGGAUAAGAAAUUAAAAGAUAGUCGAGAAGAUUUAACAGCAGCAACAGUUUCUGAGGAGCUGAAAUGCACAAUGAAGAAAAAGCCAAGGUCAAAGUCUGGUCUCAUUGUCAGAGGAAUGAUGGCUGGACCAGUAGCAAGUUCUCCAGAGGAUGUGGAAAAAAGGAGGCUUUCAAAACGAUCCACUAGUGUAAGCAGCACAGCACAGUUCAAGGGUGAAGAACAUGAAGAAAAUUACCCGAAUAUCCCAAGUACUGAUUUUCAAGAAAGCAAAAGAUCUUCAACACAAGUAAAUAUGGAGUUUGCAUCUAAGACUAUGUCAAGCUCACACACAAGUUCAGUGUAUGAAAAACUAAGAAACAUCCCUAAAGAUGCUGAUGACUCUUUUGCCAAACUUCUGUCUGAAAGAGAGAGGACCAAGACAGAAGAAAGAAAAUCAGUUCCAGGCUGUGAUACAGACAGCAAUGAUAAAAGCCUUAAAGUGAGUGCCCCUCACAGACAUUCAGGAUCUGCAAGAGAGAAGAGAGAAAGAUCCCUCAAGAAAAAUGAGAGUCGGUUGUCAGGCCACAGGAAGUCUCCAACAUCCAUGUGCUAUAAAGAAGACCAGGUGAAAGAUGUCCUCGAAUUAGUCGAUGUUGAGGAUGAAGAAAUACCUGGAGAAGUUAGUAAGAACCCGGAUCUUUCAACAUUGUACAUGCUUCAAGUAGUGUCAAAGGCAAUUGAUAUUUCUCUUGCAAAAGAAUUAAAAAAUCUUUUGUUUGGCUCUAGUCUUUGUUGCUUCAGUGAAGAAUGGAAAAUACAGAGUUUUACAUUUAAUAACAUACCACAGUUAAAAUACGGCAUUGUGCAAAAAAAGGGUGGCCCAUGUGGAGUACUGGCUGCAGUUCAAGCUUGUGUCCUACAACAGCUUAUCUUUGCAGAGAGUAACAAGAAUAAAGACACUCGUUGUCUUCAGCCUUCAGAAGUUCACAGGACCAAAUGCCUCACCAUGGCUCUUGCAGGCAUAUUGUGGCGCGCGGGAGGCAAUGAAAAAGCAGUUGUGGCACUGCCGUCAGGAAGACAGCAGUUCAAUCCCAUAGGAAAAUACAAGGCAGAUGGAAUCUUAGAAACUCUAAUACUACACACAGCAACAAAAUAUGAAGAUCUGAUUGUAUUUCUUCAGCAGAAUAUUCACCAGUUUGAAAUUGGUCCCUGUGGGUGCAUCCUUCUGACUGUGUCUGUCAUCUUAUCAAGAUCGAUCAAUCUGGUGCGCAAUGAUUUUGAUGUGCUUACAAAUCGAUUGAUUGGCAGCCAUGGCUAUUGUACUCAGGAACUGGUGAAUUUGCUUUUGACUGGCAAAGCUGUGUCCAAUGUUUUCAACAAUGUGAUAGAGCUGGACUCUGGAAAUGGCAAUAUAACAAUUUUGAAAGGUAUCACAAGCCGCAGUGAUAUUGGUUUGCUGUCUCUCUUCGAGCAUUAUGAUGUUUGUCAGGUUGGUUGUUACUUGAAGACGCCUAAAUACCCAAUUUGGUUGGUAUGCAGUGAAAGCCACUUCAGUGUGCUUUUUUGUUUGGAAAAGGAUUUACUAGGUGACUGGAAAACAGAACGGAGAUUUGAUCUAUAUUAUUAUGAUGGCUUGGCCAACCAGGAUGAAGAAAUACGGUUGACGGUUGACACAACUCAGAUGUGCGCUGAAGAUAAAGAAAAUGAUCUUACUCCUCCACUUGAGCAUUGUAUUAGGACAAAGUGGCAAAGAGCUGUUAUUGACUGGAAUGGCACAGAACCAAUCUUGUGACUGACCUGACCUGCACUUUAGUUGUAAAGACAAAAAGGAAAUGACUGAAUUAGCGCAUUCCUAUUCCCACCAAUACAGGAAAUAGGUCAAUUUUACGAUGAGGAAGAAUGACAUGGUUUGCAGGCUGGAAGUUUCACCUCAAUCAUCUUGUGCUUCAGAUAUGUUGCUUAUAAUAUAAACAAUACUUACGUAAGUUCCUUGUCACUACCUUUAACAUACAAACUUCUGAGAGCAGACUGAAUUUCCACCACCAAGUCAAGGUUGCAGAUGAAGCAGUGAAAUUGUCAACGUCCCCUUGAGGUCUCCUUCUGGAUCCACUCUGUAUCCUGCAAUUGUUUUAAAGUAUCUGAUGGAAGAUGCUGAACCCACAUUUCUGUCACUGUACAUGCCUUCUCUGUAUAAGUAUAAAAUAUCAUCCAAGAAAUAUAUAUUCACUUCUCUACCUGAUAUUAAUCUUAUUUUGCACUAAACAGACUGGUAACCGUAUGGGCUUUUCAGAUAAAUCCUGACCUAUACAAAGUUCUUGUUGCAUCAUAAGAUUUGCAGUAAGGACUGUGGUUUUGUGUUACCAGAAUAAUAACACCAGUACAUUCUUUAUUUUGGGUGCAAUUGAUGUGUAACAGUGCCUCACACUGAUGUAGCUCAUUUUUCUUUCUGAGUGAGAAAUAGCUGUGUCAGUAUUUUACAUUUGUACCAAUGUAACUAUUUAGAUAUUAGUUUAUUUACACCAAAGUGAUAGAUAAUAUCUGUGGUUUGCUUCUCCAUAAUUACAAGGAAACAGAAGAACUGUUAGAUUUGAAAUUUAAAUGGUGCCUAUCUGUGAUAGAUGCCAUUUUUCAUGAUUAAAUAAAGUGCAUGUACUGUGGAGAUGUAUCACAAGGUACUGAAACAGCAGUGUGUAUUCUGAUAUGUAUUCUUUAAGUGACUUAUUUUAGCAACACUUUACCAAAACUGGAACCAGUUAAUGAACAGAAGAUUGAAAAAAUGCCUUGGAAAAUGGCAGAGAAAUGAUGUUUUUAGAAUUAAUUCUCUGACUUGAGAGUCAGUAUUUCAUGAGAAACUAAUAAAGAACUUCUACUUUCUGAUAGCACCUUCUUGCUAGUCAGUAUGCAGACUCCUCUGAGUCCUGAUAAACUAGUUGCUCUUUCCAAAAUCAGUUUCCUGCAAAAAAAUCAAUGUCCUACUGUAUGUAGCGUGGAGAUACCAGACAGACUAUGCAAAUACAAAUCUUGGAGAAUUAGCACUUGCACUAGGUUUGGAAACCAACCUGAGUGUAAGCCAUAAUAGUGUACCAGGAAGGUUUGGGUUGGCUUUGAAUGAACAACUGUCUCCCCCCUUUGCUUCCCAUUCAUAUCAAACUAUCUGUAUGCAGUAAAACAUGUCAGGGUUUCAGUUAUUUUAAUUCAAUUUAGUUCAGUGUGAUGCAAUUUCUUUGGUUUAGAUCCAGUAGGCAAAAUUCUUUAAACUUUGUGAGAUUAAGAUCUCCCAUUCAGCCUCUGAGACAUAGGCAGCAUCAGAUCUGAGCUGAUUCCUGACUCUACUACAGGGACAUUACAUAGCCUUUGGCAAACCCUUUCAUCUUUGUAUACAUAGAGAUGUGUUCAUACUAUCAGCUAUAGGUGGACUCAAUACUGCCUUAAAGAUAACAUCAUCAUCCAUACUUCAAGCACUCCAGUUUUGCAGGAAAAGCUUGCCUCGGUGUGAGCUUCAGGGUUUCUGGGAGCUGCAGGUGCAAAAUGGUCAAAGAUCCCAGAUCCAAAGCCUUUGUUCCUCUUGAAAUUUCUAUGAAUAGUAAUCCACACUUUGUUUCAUGAAGCAAAUACAGUUUGAUUUACCCAUCUACCUCACAGGGCCUUUCUAUCAUAAAGCAACAUUUUUUGCGGAAUGCAUUUGUGCAGAAAAUAGUGUAGAGAUAAAAAAUGGUCAGAGAUUUUUGGAACCAAGUUUAAUAAAAAAUUCCUUUCUGGAUUUCCCAGUCUAUGCCAGUAUUUUAAAACACUGCUUUAAAGUAUGUCAGUCUGGAGAUAAUCUUCCACUCCCUGAUAGAAAAGCAGCAAAGAUAAGUGUUCAUCUCAGGGGGAGGAGGGAGCUACCUUGUGGCAGGUCAGAUUUCAUCUGACUAAAAUUUGGGUAUCUGCAGUGCAGAUGUGUUCAGAGGAGAUGUUCUCCUCUGUUCAGAGGAGGGGAGAUAUCAGGGUGUGAUGUAUCUGGGAUUAGGAUGAGAAGAACUGUGCUCCAGGCUGUAGGAUGAUGAGUAUAAAUCCAGGAGGAUUGCCUCAAAUGCAUUUCACUCAUGAAGACGUAAAGAUUUCUCAGGGUAUAAGAAAACAUAUAGAUUAGUAAAUUGGACUUGAAAAUAGCUUGUGGUUUAUGUUUUAUGUUGGAGGGUAAAUGAAGGUGUGGGGAAGCCCUGAACUCUGACCCUCUUUCAAAAACAGGCUGCAAAGAACUUUGAGAACUUCAUCACUAGUUGUAGAGAGUAUUUUUGCUGAAACUUAGUUGAAACUUCAGUGAUGCAGAUCUUUCUUACCUCUUGUCUGUUGUUAUGCUCACAUAUAUUCAUUCUGCAAAGUCCACUGUCCACCCACCUGUCAUCUAUUUAAAAUGACCGAACUACAGAGUCACCUGUGCCGGCACUCACAAAGGCAAAAAUAAAAGCACUUGGACCACUUCACCAAAUCGCCAUCUCUGUAGGGGAAUUCCACCAAGCUGGAACACUGAGAACCUCUGCAUUCUAAACUCCUUCCACUGUCCUUGCUCCUGGACACUAAAAGCAGUAUUUUUCUUCAACAGGGUUUUGUGGCAGUGUCCUUACCAGGCAGGAGAGACAGCUCUUGAGAUUUGCUAGGACAUCCUUCCAUAAGGAGAAAUGUGCAACCAGAACAUUAAUUUAUAUCUAGUUGUUCUCAGAAAAAUGCCAGGGCAUUGCCUCAGUCACUGCAUCAAGAAGAUGACUGGCAUAUUUUUAUUUGAUAUAAAGCACCAGAAGGUGUUUCCUUUAAGACUUUACAGGGCUUUUUGUGUCAAUCAGACGAGGCAAUGCAAAAUGUUAUACGACAAUGCAAAAAAAAAAUCUUUUGCACAGAUCUGUGUAGAAUCAUAUCCUGUUCCAGCAGCAUACAUGUAUUUUUUUAAUUAUGUUUUCCUCUUCAUUGUUUCUCAUUCUCUUUUUCAUUGGCCAAUGAAUGUGACUUCCUGAAAUAAACAAAACAGUAACCAUUUGAUAACUGAGCAUUAAAAGACACUGGUGACAUUGGCGCUUGGUCUGUAUGAUGUCUUAAUUUCAUUCUCUUCUGUGGCUUAAAAAAAUACACCGUCUGCUGAAAAUUGACCCCUUAGCUAACAACAGACAUGACUAAUUGUUUAUGUAGAUGAAUAUGUAAGCAAAGGUACUAUUUUGGUGAGGUGUCAUUAUGUCACCUUUGUAUCAAAUGUAUAUUUAACUUUGUCUUGUACAGAAUGUCUCAUACAAAUAAAACAUUUAAAGCAAUGAUAAUAGUAAAAGCCCAGAUUUCCUCCUC